CGCGACAUGUCUCGCGAUGAUUUCAUCGAACACGUGCAAAACUGCAAAUAGCGCCGAUGUACGGCUGCUUCAUUGAUACAGAUCAAAUUACCAAAAGUCAGUGGCGCGUUUUCGUGAACGUACGUGUCUCGCAAUGAUUUCAUCGAACACGUGCAAAACUGCAAAUUUUGCAAAUAGCGCCGAUGUACGGCUGCUGAGAUGAAAUUAGAUAUGAUAAGCAAACGAUGCAUCAUUAGUAGAAUAUAAAAUGACGAAUCUAGGGGAUACGCUCAAUAGUCGAGAACUGGAAGUCGUGAGUGCAACAAAUGGCGUUAGCAAGAGGAUCGUGUAAUAACAUGGAGCAGGAGUUGUUGGAGCAAUCCACCCUGUUAAAUUCGAGGGAAGACUUUGCCGCGUGGGAGCAACGAUGUGACGAGUUUAUCGAAUCGUUGGAAGAACAAAGCCGAAUUAAACGGCCACGAUUAUCAAUCGAUCAGUCAUCGAUCGGUCUCAAACAGUCAUUGGUCGCUUGUAUCGCAAGACUCGAAGGUUUGAAAGACUCGGUACGUCAACGUUUCGUACAUGUGGGUGCUGGAUACAGUGCGAGUGCGACAGGACUCAGAUGGCGCGAGAUAGAUACGGCUUUUAAAAUUCGUAUAUUGACUGGUGCGGUGAUAAAUUCCAAACACAUCGACCCUCGUCAAUUUCUCAAAAAUGCGGGAGAAAUUGUACUCGAUCGUGUGCAGAACGUCAUGCAACGACAUGACAAUGUAAAAAUUAACACAGUGUUUAAUGGUGAAUUUGUUGCGGGUGACAAACGCGCAAAUAAAAGUAUCGCAACGAGAAACUAUGAACUCUUUCGUGAGUCCAAUCUGCACGAGUGGUACAAGCAACACGUCAUCGAGCCUACCUUAGCAAAGCUGGAGGAAUUCCAGGAACGUGAUAGCGGAUGGGCGUUGUCGCGUAUACUCAAUUUAAUGGUAAACGUGAACAAAUACAAUCCAUUGCACGCGGGGUGUUUUGUGGAAAUACCGCAAGAAAUUAAAAAGAAGAAGGCGGUGAUAAACGUGCGAUCAAUGGACAAUGCAUGUUUUGCAUGGUCAGUGGUGGCUGCUCUACAUCCAGCCGAGAGACACGCAGAUCUGGAAUCGUCGUAUCCACAUUACACGUCGGUGCUAGAUCUUACGGACAUUAAGUUUCCAAUGACGUUGGAUCAAAUUAAAAAAUUUGAAAAUCACAACAACAUCUCCAUCAACGUGUUUAGCAUCGAGAAAAAAAACAAGAAACUUGCUAUCUUGCCAAUACGGGUUACUGACCGAAAGAUGGACAGACACGUAAAUCUGCUGUACGUGCAUAACGACAACGUGGGACAUUUUGCGUGGAUCAAGAACCUAUCCCGCCUCGUGAGCUCGCAAUUGAGCAAGAAUACGAACAAAAAAUACUUUUGCGAUCGAUGUUUGCACUACUUCAGCUCCAACGAGAAAUUGGCUGCCCACACCGUCGACUGUCAGGAGAUGAAUGACUGCGCGAUCAAGUUACCGAGCGAUAACGACAAGUGGUUGGCCUUUAAAAAUCACAACAGGAAGGAACGAGUUCCGUUUGUCGUAUACGCCGACCUGGAGUGUACCCUGGAGAAGAUGGAAACGGAUCCGGAAACGUCCAGGUACACAUAUCAACAUCAUCGCGUGUUUAGCAUAGGGUACUACGUGCGUUGCUCGUACGACGAGUCGUUAUCUAUAUAUCGGUUUCGUCGCGAUAAGAAUUGCGUUGCGUGGUUCGCCGAGGAGCUAAGACGUUUAGCUCACGAC